AUGGCACUGAACACGCAGAUCCGGGCCACCUGCCUUCUGCUCCUUGUCCUGCUCAGCCUGACCAGUGGCUCCGUUCUGCCUCCCCAGACACGACAGCUCACAGACCUCCAGACCCAGGACACAGCUAGAGUGGCAGCUGGCUUGACGCCCGCGCUCCAGAGGCGGAGACGAGACACCCACUUUCCCAUCUGCAUCUUCUGCUGCGGCUGCUGUCGUAAAGGCACGUGUGGGAUGUGCUGCAAGACGUAG